AUAUACUGAGUUGAAUAGAGGUAUGGUCAAUCGUGUGGGCGGUUUUAAGGGAGCUUGAUAGAUAAAACACAGACAAGUUGCACCUUUCCACUUCAUCCAACUCUAUUAAGACAAGAUGGGUGGCGGCAGCUCUAUACCAGAAGGUCCUGACCUGAGAAUUGUGAUGAUUGGGAAAACUGGUGUGGGGAAAAGUGCUGUUGGAAACACAAUUUUGGGCAAAAACAUAUUCAAAUCUCAUCCCAGCGCUAACUCUGUGACUGGGACUUGUGAAAAGCAUCAACUUCGAGAGAGUGAAAGGUGGAUUCAUGUGGUGGAUACACCAGGGAUUUUUGAUACAGCCAAAAAAGCUGCAGUUAUCAAAAACGAGAUAGUGAAGUGUAUUCAGGUUUCAAGCCCUGGUCCUCAUGUCUUCUUGCUGGUGAUCCAGGUGGGCAGACUCACCAAAGAGGAGCAGAAUUCGAUUGAGGCCCUGGAGGAAAUCUUUGGACCAGAGGCCUCCAAUCACAUGAUUGUACUGUUUACUCGUGGGGAUGAACUUCAGGGUCAAACAAUACAAAAGUAUGUAAGCACCGGUCAUCCAAAGCUUCAAGAAGUGAUUCAACGAUGUGGCAACAGAUUCCAUGUUUUCAACAACAGAGAUGGGAAUAGAAGUCAAGUUGUUGAGCUGAUCAAAAAGAUUGAUGACAUGGUGGCAGGAAAUGGAGGAAAGCACUUCACUGAGAAAAUGUAUCAGGAGGCAGAGAGAAUGAUUAAACAGCAAAAUAUGACAAGGGAAUUGGCAGAACUCCAAAUAUACGAUUUCACAUUCCUUGCUGAAUUACUGCAGAGAGUCAUUGAAUUUAAAAAAAUACUUGAUUUAGAAGAUGACUAAUAAGUAAGCAUAGCUGUGGCUAUUUCCUCUCCACGAGGAACACAAUCUGUGACUACUGCCACUUAUGUGAAUUAUGAUAUCUUAAGCAUUUAGCUUAUUGUCGUAUAAUAUAGUACUUGAGUAGGACAUCUCUCCUUCUCUAAUCAACAUUUUUCUUUAUUAUUUGAGAUGAACAUUAAUUAAAAUGCUAUAUAUAAAAAUUCAGAAUGUAGUGAAUACAAUAUGAAGAGAAAGGUGAAAAUGAACUGUUGUAUGACAUGCUGAUUGAGCUCUAAGCUUACGGGAGCACUCAAAUGAAGUCAUGGUGGUAUGAAAAUCAAGCAUAAUCUAACUAAAAAAGAUAUGUAUUUCUGUAAAGAGAUUGUUUGUUUAAUGUUUCACCUAAUCAGAUACACUGUCAUGAACAUGCCAUAUUGGUUAAUAAUAAGGCGUGCAAUGCUAUACUGAACAAAAAUAUGAACGUAACAUGCAACAAUUUCAACGUUUUUACUCAGUUACAGUUCAUAUAAGGAAAUCAGUCAAUUGAAAUAAAUUAAUUAGGCCCUAAUCUAUGGAUUUUACAUAACUGGGCAGGGGCACAGCACUGCACUUACACAAAUUACUGAUGAUUGGUUGAAGGAAAUUGAUAGUAAGAAGAUUGUGGGAGCUGUACGGUUAGUUUUCAGAGCAGCCUUUGAUAUUAUUGACCAUAACCUGAUGUUAAGAACUUAUGUUUUAUGGCUAUGCAACCUCUGCCAUAUCGUCAAUUCAGAGCUAUCUAUCUAAUAUAACUCAGACUCUUUAACGGAAGCCUCUCUAAUGUCAAACAUGCAGGAUGUGGUGUACCGCAGGGCAUCUUUCUAGGCCCUCUACUCUUUUCUGUUUUUACCAAUAAACUGCCACUGGCAUUAACACAAA